CUCACUAAGAGUUAAAGCUCAUAAUUUCGUCCUUGAUCCAACCGUAUAUACGGGGCAAGCAAACUUGGCGUCCAAGCAUCCUUUUCUAUAUGUAGAACCCACUUUUGAGUCCCACCUUUCUUUUAUCGGUUAUACCCUUUGCUCUCUCUCUCUCUCUCUCUGAAGAAGUUGGUACAGUGCAAACAGUUUGGAAAACCAAACCUAGCUGAAUUAUACAUAGAGAAAAAUACAUGUAGGAGAAGCAAAAGUGGGAUACCAAUAGAAUCGAUUUUCUCCCUACCAAAAACAAGAGGUGAAUCGGGAAAAACUUGUCUGGAAAGAGACAAGGGAAAUCAAGGAUCUGUUUUUGGAUAUAUGGGCAUAUAGAAGAAAGAGAUGACAUGGUGCAAUGACUCAGACGAGGAGAGGGGAAUUCAACUGCUUGCGCCCACUAUUACUCCUGCAACUAACAACAACACAAAACAAACCGAAAAUCGCACCAUAACUUGCCCCUCAUGUGGCCAUAACAUCGAAUUCCAAGAUCAGACCGGAAUCAAUGACUUGCCGGGGUUACCGGCUGGUGUGAAAUUUGAUCCGAAUGACCAAGAGAUAUUAGAGCACUUGGAAGCAAAGGUACUUUCUGAUGUUCCCAAGCUCCAUCCCCUCAUUGAUGAGUUCAUACCAACGCUCGAAGGGGAGAACGGGAUCUGUUAUACGCAUCCAGAAAAGCUUCCAGGUGUAAGCAAAGAUGGACAGAUCCGACACUUCUUUCAUAGGCCAUCGAAAGCAUACACGACCGGAACAAGGAAGAGAAGAAAGGUUCACACCGACGAAGAGGGAAGCGAGACAAGGUGGCACAAAACAGGAAAAACCAGACCAGUUUUUGUUGGUGGUGCAGUGAAGGGUUUCAAGAAAAUACUGGUGCUGUACACCAACUACGGGAGGCAAAAGAAGCCGGAGAAGACGAACUGGGUGAUGCAUCAGUACCAUCUUGGGAGCAAUGAAGAAGAGAAAGAUGGGGAAUUAGUGGUUUCAAAGGUGUUCUACCAAACACAACCUCGACAAUGUGGUACUUCCAUCAUAAAACAGGAUCUGUACGAUGAAGAAAGAUUGACUAACCAAAGUGUUGUUGAUGAUGAUAAUAAUAACAUAGUAGGUAGAAGUGGAACUCUUAUGGACUACUACAACAACCCUUCUUUCAUAAAUUAUGAGCAUGUUGGUGGUCGCAAUAACAGGGAAACUUCACCUCAACUUAUCCCAAAUUUGGUCAUGCAAGCUGAUACCUCUUCUUUCAUUCGCUUAGCGAUGGAUGCCACCAAAGCCAGGCUCAACACAAAAUAGCUUGCUAGAUAAUAAUAUAAUUCAUAUGUUCAUGGUUUUUUAUUAUAU